AUGGCGCUGCCUGCGGCUGCUCUGCUGCUGGUGGCGGUGGGGGCCGCCUCCCUGGCCCUGCACCACUGGCGGCGCUACCGCACGUUCUUCUGGCGCCGCGGCGUCCCCUGCGCCCCGCCGUUGCCGCUGGUGGGCAACAUGCUGGACGUGGUGCUCGGCAGGAGGUCCUUCGCCGACGUCGCUGCCCGUCUGUACCGCCAGCUGGAGCCCUACUCUUAUGCGGGGGUCUACAAUUUAGCGAGCCCAGUGUUGCUGGUGAGGGAUCCCGAAAUCGCCCACGCCAUCACCACCACCGAUUUUGACCAUUUCACCGAUCACGCCGAUUUCAUGAGCGUCGACGGGUGCAACCCACUACUGCAGCGAAUGAUUCUCGCACUGAAAGGAACAGAAUGGCGUGAUAUGCGGACCAUAUUAACUCCUGCAUUUUCCAUAGUGAAGAUGAAGAGCAUGUUUAUGCCGAUGUCAGAGAUUUGCCAGCAGAUGACUGAUUAUCUAGACAAGAAAAUUGCCGAAUAUCCAGCUUCCUCAAGAAAGGAAGACAUCUUCACCGUAGACAUGAAGGACCUGUUCACCCGGGUGGCGAACGACAUAAUCGCAACGACGGCUUUCGGUCUCAAGGUGGAUUCGCUGAUGGACCGCGACAACAAUUUUUACCGCAUGGGCCGUAGACUGACGAAGGUGAACCCUCUUACCGCUGCUGGCUACUUCAUAUCGCCGAGGAUCAUGCAGGUGCUGGGCAUCCCAUUCUUCGACCGAAAGUCGGUGCAAUUCUUCAGGUCAAUGGUAACGGACGCAAUUCAGGCCAGAAAGAGGAAGGGUAUCGUUCGUGCGGACGUGAUAAAUUUGCUACUGCAAACACGCCGAGAUGACCUAAGCUCUGAGGAACAAGAGAAGAUCGGACCUACAAAACGCGAUGUUUUGACUCUGAAUGACGACGACAUCGCGGCGCAGGCUCUGAUAUUUUUCUUCGGUGGCUUCGAAAACGUGUCAACAGCGCUGGCCUUCUGCAGCUACCUGCUGGCUACGCACGAGGAGGUGCAGCGGCGCCUGCUGGACGAGGUGGACGAUCUGAUGCGGAAGAGCGGCGGCCAGCCCGGCUACGAGCAGGUCAUGGCCAGCCAGUACCUCGACAUGGUCGUCUCCGAGUCGCUCCGGAUGUACCCGUCUGCCUUCGUCCUCGACCGCCAGUGCGUGCGACCCUACCGACUGCCGACCACAGAGCACUGCCCGGGGGUCGAACUGCGGCCCGGGGACGACGUCUGGGUGUUUGUGCACGCCAUCCACAACGACCCCAGGUACUUCCCACAGCCGGAGCGCUUCGACCCGCAGCGCUUUAGCCCCGAGAACAGGCGCAGCAUCAAGAAGUCCAGUUACCUCCCCUUCGGAUCUGGGCCUCGUAUGUGCAUUGCCCAGAGGUUCGCUUUGAUGGAGGUGAAGCUGGCGCUGGUGCACCUGCUGUCGCGGUUCAGCCUGGUGGCCGUCGCCGAAACGCCGGCGACUCUCCAGACGGACCCCAGCAGUCUGACGAUGGCCAUCAAGGGCGGCAGCUGGCUCGGCGUGCAGCGCAGACGCCGAACACAAUUGGACAGCCAAGUUGCCUCGUUCGACGGCUCUCGAGAGAGCGCGAUGAUGAGAAAUUUGUGA